AUGGUUUCCUUGCCUUAUCCUAUUACACUGCCUGCUUUAGCUGACUCUCAAGUAACACACGUUGGUGUAAAAUCUCCUGAAGAUGUUGUUGUUGUGUCAGCAUUGAGAACUGCUCUUACCAGAGGAAAGAAGGGUGGUUUCAAAGAUGUGCUUGCUGACGAACUCCUGAUGAAUGUAUUCAAAGCUACUAUUGAAAGAACUGGCAUUGAUCCAGCAUUGGUUCAAGACAUUACAGUAGGCAAUGUAUGCGCUGAAGGUAAUCUUGCAGUGCCCUCGCGUAUGGCUGCUCUUGCUGCUGGUUUUCCCGAGACAACAGCUGUCAGCACCUUGCAUCGUCAAUGCUCAUCUGGCCUCCAAGCCUGUGUGCAAAUUGCUUCUGCUAUUCAAUGUGGCCUCAUUGAGAUUGGUAUUGGUGCUGGUGUAGAGUCCAUGACAGCCGAUUAUUACAAUCGCCGUACUCCCUACUCAGACAAAAUCUCUGUAGUGCCCUGUGUCGCUGACUGUCAGGUUCCUAUGGGUUACACAUCUGAAAAUGUUGCGCUUGAAUAUGGUAUCACUCGUGAGGAUCAAGAUCGUUUCUCUGUAGAAUCGCAUAGAAAGGCAUAUGCUGCUCAACAAGCGGGCCGGUUUAAGGAAGAGAUCAUUCCAUGUACAGUGACGCAAAUUGAUAAGUAUGGUAAUCAAAAACAGGCUACUAUUACUGAGGAUGAUGGCAUCCGACCUGAUUCCACUUUGGAGACGCUCGGUAAAAUUCGAGCUGCUUUUGGCAAGAAUGGUACAACAACUGCUGGUAAUGCCUCUCAAAUCUCUGACGGCGCUGCUGCUGUCUUACUGAUGAAGCGUAAAACGGCACAAAAACUGAGUCUGCCCAUCCUUGGUAAAUACAUCACAUCUGCUGCUGUUGGUGUACCUCCUCGUGUGAUGGGUGUGGGUCCUGCCUACGCUAUCCCUGUUGCUGUUGAGCGUGCCGGUUUAAAGCUCUCUGAUAUUGAUAUUUUUGAAAUCAAUGAAGCAUUUGCAUCUCAAGCCAUCUAUACAGUGAAGGCACUCGAAAUUCCGGAUGAAAAGGUGAAUCCCAAUGGCGGCGCUAUUGCAUUUGGUCAUCCCUUGGGUUGCACCGGAUCUCGUCAAGUAGCUACUCUAUUUCCCGAAUUGAAGCGUCAAAACAAGCGCUACGGUAUUACCAGCAUGUGUAUUGGCUCUGGUAUGGGCAUGUGUGCUGUUUGGGAGGCAGAGUAUUAA